GAAGAGCGACGUGCGAUCGCAGGGAGAGGGAAGGGAACUCGCUAGGCCCAGGAAAUACAGACUGUUGACACAACAUUGACAAUGGCUUAUGCUAAAUCGAACGAUAUCGAGACCUGAGCUACACAUAAAAUCCCUCCUAGUUUUAAUUAAUUUCAACCAUUGGCCUAGGGCGGUCUAGUAUGUAUUUCAUUACGUCUGUGAGGCUCUGCUGCUGAUCAAACAAAGCAAAGGUUCACUCGAAAUUAUGAGCUUUUUUGCCCAUUUGCUAAAAAUAGCGUGACCUCCAGGUCUUACUUGCUGCCAUCACGAGGUAGUCAGGAGAUACGAAUUAAAAUAAUGAGAAUAUCACUUUCACUUCCCUGAUAGUAACCCAGGUUGUACAGUCACGAUGAAUUUAGUGAUUUACAGUCUGUUGUUGUCAAUUGCUGUUCUUCACGGUUCAUGCUUACAAACGGAGAUAUUUUACAAGAUUCGCCAGCUUGUGCACGAACAUCAACAUUCACUCCAAGCGCGCCAUGAUUUUAUCGAGCAACAAACCAUAGAGCAACCACUGGAUCACUUUGAGCCUUCGCAAAAGACGUUUGAGCAACGUUACUGGGUAAAUGCUAACUACUGGAAAGAGAAAGAUCAUGGACCAGUUUUCCUAUACAUUGGAGGCGAGUUUCCAAUGUCUGCGGGUUAUAUAGACGGUGGGAAUAUUGUCGACCUAGCAGAGCAAUAUGGUGGCCUGAUCUUUGGAGUGGAGCAUCGCUAUUAUGGUUUAAGUGUUUUUGAAGGCAGUUUGGAGAAUGAGAACCUCGUCUACCUUUCGAGUCAACAAGCUUUGGCUGACUUGGCUGAAUUCUGUGUCUUUGCUCGGAAAAUGUACAACCUCACCGAUCAAAAUAAAUGGAUUGCAUAUGGCGGCUCCUAUCCAGGAUCACUGUCAGCGUGGUUCAGACUCAAGUACCCUCACCUUGUGUCCGGAGCAGUCGCGUCAUCAGCUCCAGUACAGGCCAAGACAGACUUCCAGGGAUACAAUAAUGUUGCUGCUGCAAGUUUUGCUUCACCGCGGGUUGGUGGAUCUGUACAAUGUCGAAGCAAUAUAAAGAAAGCCUUCACGACUGUGGACCAGCUGAUUGCAGAGAAGAACUUUCAGAAACUGGAGGAAGACUUUUCUUCGUGCGGCGAUAUGUCUCAUCCGAAUGACACUUGGGUUUUCACGCAGCACCUUAUGACUGUUCUGGACUCGAUCGUUCAGUACAAUAAUCAAAUUCCUGGAACUGUGAAUAUACAGCAUGUGUGCCAGUAUAUGACGAACCCUUCCAUGACUCCUUAUCAAGGUCUUGUGCUCUUAGUUCAAAGCUUUCUCGCCCUAUCGAAGCCUUGCGUCAACUAUAACUACACAGCCUACAUGGAACUUUUCGAGAACACUACCCAAGAUCCCACGGGCGGAGCUUUGUAUCGUCAGUGGAUCUAUCAGACGUGCUCUCAGUUUGGUUACUGUAGGGUCAUUUCUAUUCUUAUUUCUUUUUUAUUUUUAAUCAGGACUGUAAAAAGUCCCGUAGUUUUACCUGCUGCGUUUUACUACAUUACUUGCAAAAAAAUUUCGGACGUUAAAAUUUCGGACGUUUUAUUUUGAACGUUUAAUUUUCAGACCCUU